UGUAAAAAAAAGAAAAUUGCAAGGCAACUAGCAGUGGACAUGGCUGGUUGUCUGCAAAAUUCAGAACUCUGUAAAAAGGGAGCACUUUUGAGAUGCCUCCUUGUUACAUUUGCUCUCAGCUUCAGUUUUGCCUCAGUAGAUGCAGAGCCAUUUGACCCAGCUCACCUCUACCAUCACAGAUCUGGACCUAAUGAAGACAACAUUAUCAUUGCUAACAAUGGGAUCAGGGUACCUUUUGGGAGGUCAGUAUUUCUGGACCCUGUGAAUGACCUGGUAACAGAGGUGCAGCCUGGUGACCGCUGCCACAUCACAGUUCUGGACAAUGACCCACUGGCCCAGAAACCAGGGAUGCUGACCCCUAAAAAGUUCCCCUGUUCAUUUGGACCAGAUGAAGUGAAAUACACUCAUUUUGGAUCGCGGAGCCCCAGCAAGGAUCGAGUGAAGCUGCAGCUUCGUUAUGACUCCCAGACAGACACAGUUAUCAUCCCCUUCAUGAUGGAAGUGGAGGUGGUUUUCCAGCAGCUUGAGAUCCUCACCAGGAAUAUGCCCCUUAAUGUAGAAAAGCUCAAUGGUGACAGCAACCCUAUUGACAAAAAGAGUCUGGAGUUUUCCUUUGAGGAUGGUGUGACAAAGUGUAAGAUCACCACUCUGGUCGGCGCCGGAGGUCUUCCCAGGUAUGGCAUUCUUUUGAAUAACCCCACCAAUGGCCAAAUGGUUGACUGUGAUGAGUUUGUGAAACAGGGCAUUCGCUACAAGCACACAGCUAAAACCAAUUCACCAAACAGAGACUAUAUUCCAAUGAUGGUAGAGCUGCAAGAUAAUGAAGGCAACACUAUAAUGCAAGAGCAUUUCCAAAUGAUGGUUAGAAUCAGAGAAGGUACAGAAAAUACUGCUCCUAAACCCAGCUUUGUAGCCAUGAUGAUGAUGGAGGUUGAUCAGUUUGUGAUGACAGCUAUUACAAGUGACAUGCUGGCUUCUGAAGAUGUUGAAUCUGACCCAGAUGAUUUAAUCUUCAACAUAACUUCACCGCUUAGCCCUCAGCAGGGCUAUAUUAUCAGCACAGAUGACCAGAACCUGCCCAUCACCUCCUUCUAUCAGAGAGACAUCAAAGAUCUAAAAAUAGCUUAUAAGCCGCCCUCAGAGGACUCAGAAGUAGAGAGGAUUUUUCAGCUAGAGUUUGAAAUUGUAGACACUGAUGGUGCUGUUUCUGAUCCAUUUGCCUUUAUGAUUGUGGUGAAGCCUAUGAAUACCUUGGCUCCUGUAGCGACUAAAAAUACAGGGCAGCUAUUGUUUGAAGGGCAGUCCAGAGCUCUCUCCAGCUCCCAGAAUUUAGAGAUUAGUGAUGAAGAUAACCUAGAAGAUGUGAGAAUCACCGUUGUUGAUGGCUUAAAGCAUGGAGACCUGACCGUGCUAGGCGCUCGCAGGAAAUUCUUUACACCUGCAGAUCUAGAUGCCGGUAUUGUGGUGUACCAGCAUGACGGCAGUGAUACCUACAGUGACAACAUUAUUUUUAGAAUGACUGACGGCAAGAAUGAAGUUGAGUUUUUGUUUCCCAUCACUAUUGCUCCCACUGAUGAUGAGCCCCCUAUUAUUAAUGCUAACACCGGUCUGGUGCUGUUCAAGAAUGAAGUUAUGCAGAUCUCUCCCUUCAUUCUGAGUGCCACAGAUAUCGAUUCAGAAGACUCCACCAUUAAGUUUAUCUUGGAGGCACCCUACUCAACUGUAGGAGAGCUUCUGCUAAGGCAAGUGGAGCCUCCCUCUGACCCCUCUCUCUGGAAGUUCAGCGAGACAGAUGAGAUGUUUGAGCAGGUGGUGACCGAAUGGUUUCAACAGGAUAUUCUUGAUGGAAAGCUGUUCUAUCGCCACAUCGGCUCUCACAGCACCACCACUGUGAUUGAUCAGUUUGUGUUCCGGGUCCAAGAUGAUAAUGACCCUCCUAAUCAAUCAGGAGAACACAUAUUCACUAUCAAAAUCCAUCCUGUGGAUGACCUCCCCCCAGAGCUUUUCCCAGGCACCACCCUCCACAUGACGGUCCAGGAGUAUGAGCUGACACACUUCAAGAAGAAAUUUUUGUGUUAUACUGAUCUAGAUUCAGAUGACAGGGACCUGAAGUAUACCAUCACUAAGACUCCAACUGACACCGAUGAGAACAACCCAGUCCCCUUAGGUGAAAUUGUAUUGACUGACAGCCCUGACAGUGUAAUUACAGAGUUCACACAGGCCCAAGUUAAUCACCACAAAAUAGCUUACAAGCCUCCAGACCAGGAGCUGGGCAUCACACCAAAAGUGGCUCAGUUCACAUUCAUUGUAGAAGACACUGCUGGUAACAUAGCAGAUGGACUAUUCACCAUUUUCCUACAGCCAGUUGACAACAAACCACCACUUAUCACCAACACAGGGUUCACUGUUAUGGAAAGAAGUACAUAUAUCAUCACUAGGAAAGAACUGCAUGCCACAGACACCGAUACAGAAGAUGAAAAUAUCGUCUUCACUGUGACCCAGAUUCCUCAGUAUGGGCAGCUGCAGUAUUUGGGAAUUGACAUGUCAAACGGCGAAACUUUCAUACUUGAAGACAUUGCAAAUGGCCGCCUAAAUUACAUCCAUAGUGGAGAGGAAUCCCUCAAUGAUGCCAUCAAGCUUGAGGUCAGUGACGGUUUCCAUGAGGUGCCCAUCACCAUUAAGAUCACCAUUGAGCCUGUUGAUGAUGAGUCCCCCACGAUUAUGCUCCCAGCUGGCCUGCUCGGAGCAUCCAUCGAUGUCCUGGAGAAUGGAGCCACAGAGAUUACAACCAAUGUCAUUCAGGGUCGUGAUGAAGAUACAGAUGACCUCAUGCUCACUUUCAUUGUGGAGGAGCCUCCCAAGCUGGGUGAAAUUCUGGUUAAUGGUGCUCCCACUGAGAGAUUCACCCAGGAGGACAUCAUUAAUGGGGCGGUAGUGUAUGCUCACACAUCUGGCGAAAUCGGACCAGUCAAAGAACAUGACUCUUUCAACCUUACUCUGUCUGAUUUGUCGGAUCAGUGGGUCGUUGGCGGCAACAAGGUCCAAGGUGUAACAGUUCACGUCACCAUCCUUCCUGUUGACAGCAUUCCACCUAUUGUCAGUGUCGGAGAGCAGUUUGUUGUAGUGGAAGGGGAGAAGAAUGUCAUUACUCUGGACCACAUCCAAGCUGAGGAUAUUGACACCGACAAUGACGAUAUCCUGUGCACCAUCAUCGUCCAACCAACAUCUGGUUAUGUGGAGAACAUCUCCCCAGCUGCAGGGUCUGAGAAAUCCAGGGCAGGGACAGCCAUCACUGCAUUUAGCAUUAAAGACAUCACCCUUGGUCAUAUCUACUAUGUCCAAAGCAUCCACAAAGGUGUUGAACCUGUGGAAGAUCGUUUCACCUUCCGAUGCUCAGAUGGUAUUAACUUCUCUGAACGCCACUUCCUCCCCAUAGUCAUCAUUCCAGCCAAUGAUGAGAAGCCUGAGAUUUUCAUCCGCGAGUUUGUAGUAAUGGAGGGCAUGAGUCUGGUCAUCGACACACCAAUCCUGAAUGCAGUUGAUGCUGACAUCCCUGGGGAUGAACUGCACUUUGAGAUCAUCAAAAACCCUAAACAUGGCACAAUUGUUCAGCAGCUCAGCACUGGCACCAUCCCAGUAGACAAGUUCAACUUGGAACAGAUCAAAGAGGCAUCCAACAUUGUCUAUGAGCAUGAUGAUUCAGAGACCAAAGAGGACAGCUUUGAAAUAAGGCUGUCAGAUGGGAAACACAAGGUGGAAAAAACUGUUCUCAUCAUGGUUAUUCCUGUUGAUGAUGAGACACCAAGAAUGACUAUAAACGAUGGUCUUGAUGUCGAGAUUGGAGAGACAAAAGUCAUCAGCAACAGGGUUUUGAAGGCCACAGAUCUUGACUCUGAAGACAAAGAGCUAACAUAUGUUGUGCGUUAUGGCCCAGGCCAAGGCUACCUCCAACGUAUCAGCAAGUUUGGUGAUGUUUUAGGUAAUAUCACACUAGGAAUGAACUUUACGCAGGACGAAAUUGACAAACAGCUCAUCCAGUAUGUACACACUGGCCAAGAGGGAAUCCGAGACUUGCUGAAGUUUGAUGUCACAGACGGUAUCAAUCCUCUCAUUGACCGUUACUUUUACAUCAACAUCGGAAGUAUUGACAUGGUCUUCCCAGAUGUUAUCAACAAAGGUGUGACCCUCAAGGAAGGAGGGAAAGUAACUCUUACCACUGACCUACUCAGCACCACCGACAUCAAUAGCCCUGAUGAGUUCCUCAGCUUCAGCAUCACACGUGCCCCUAGCAGAGGUCAUUUAGAGAGCACUGACCACCCAGGUGUUCCCAUUUCAACCUUCACCCAACUGCAGCUUGCUGGCAACAAAAUCUACUACAUCCACACCUCUGAUGAUGAGAUGAAAAUGGAUAGCUUUGAGUUUGAGGUGACAGAUGGUUACAAUCCUGUCUUCCGUACCUUCAGAGUGUCCAUCACUGAUGUAGACAAUAAGAAACCUGUCUUGACUAUAAACAAACUGGUUGUGGAAGAGGGUGAAACCAAGCUCAUCACACCAUUUGAGUUGACAGCUGAAGAUCGGGACACCCCAGACAACCAAUUGCGUUUCAUAGUCACCCAGGUGCCAGUGCACGGGCAGCUGCUUUUCAACAACACCCAACCAAUCACAACCUUUACCAAGCAGGACCUGAAUGAGAACCUUGUCAGCUAUAAGCAUGAUGGCACUGAGACCAACGAAGACAGCUUCUCCUUCACUGUCACAGAUGGCACUCACACUGACUUUUACGUCUUUCCUGACACUGUGUAUGAGACACGCAAGCCCCAGAUGAUGACCAUUCACAUCAACACAGUGGACAACGGUGUGCCCCAGAUUGUGGUUAACAAGGCUGCUGCCUCACUGAAGGUCCUCCAAACAGGCCACCUGGGCUUCCUGAUCACCAGCAAGGCCCUUCGAUCAGAGGACCGUGACAGUCCCCAGAAGGUCCUGAAGUACACUGUGUCUGAGGCUCCUCUGCAUGGCUUCAUCAUAAACACCGCCCUGGGCAAUGACAGCAUCAAGACCUUCACUCAAGCUGACAUCAAUGACAUGAAGAUCUGUUACGUUUUGUUGGAUGGAAGCAAUGCCACAAGUGAUAUCUUCUACUUCACAGUUGAAGACAAUGGCGGAAACAAACUAAAGCCUCAGCCAUUUAGGCUCAACUGGGCCUGGAUCUCUCUGGAGAGGGAAUAUUACUUAGUGGACGAAGACGCCAAAUUCCUUGAGGUGACACUCAAGCGCAGAGGAUACCUGGGGGAAACCUCCUUCAUCAGUAUUGCCACCAAGGAUGGCACAGCUGAGAAAGACAAAGACUUCCGAGGUAAAGCCCAAAAGCAGGUCCAGUUCAACCCCGGCCAGACCACAGCUACCUGGAGGGUGAAGAUCUUCACAGACCAGGAGUUUGAGACUUCAGAGACGUUUGAGAUACAGCUGUCAGACCCAGUCAUGGCUGUGCUGGAGUUUCCCGACACUGCAAUAGUGGAGAUAGUGGACCCCGGAGAUGAGUCGACCGUGUUCAUUCCUCAAGCAGAAUUCAAAAUUGAGGAGGAUGUCGGGGAGCUGUUGGUGCCAGUCCGCCGCUCAGGAGAUGCCAGCCAGGAACUCAUGGUUGUCUGUUACACUCAGCAAGCCACGGCCACCGGCACCAUACCCAGCACCGUCCUGUCCUACUCUGAUUACAUCACCCGACCUGAGGACCACACCAGCGUGCUGCGCUUUGACAAGGAUGAGCGUGAGAAACUCUGUCGCAUCAUCAUCAUCGAUGACUCCCUGUACGAGGAGGAAGAGAGCUUCAAUGUCAGUCUCAGCAUGCCCAUGGGAGGCCAACUGGGCGCCAACUUCCCAACUGCCAAGGUCACCAUCUUGGCAGACAGUGAUGAUGAGCCCUCGCUGUAUUUUGGGGAACCUGAGUAUGUCGUGGAUGAGAGUUCAGGCUACGUUGAAGUGAAGGUCUGGAGGACAGGGACUGACCUGUCCAAGACGGCUACUGUCACCGUUCGCUCCAGGAAGAGUGAUCCCGUCUCCGCAGAAGCUGGACUCGACUAUGUUGGCAUUAGUCGCAACCUGGACUUUGCCCCUGGAGUGACGAUGCAGACAUUUAGGGUGACCAUCCUGGAUGACCUGGGUCAGCCAGAGCUGGAGGGGCCUGAGACCUUUGACCUUGUGCUACGGAUGCCCAUGAAUGCUGUGCUGGGGGAGCCCAGCAAGACCACCAUCACCAUCAAUGAUACCAUCACUGACUUGCCGAAGGUUCAGUUUAAGGAUGCCAACUACAAGGUGGAUGAGUCUGAUGGGGAGGUAACAGCCAUAGUUUACCGCAGUGGAGACAUUAGCCUUAGGUCCACAGUGCGCUGUUACACCCGCCAGGGCUCUGCUCAGGUGAUGAUGGACUACAGUGAAAGGCCCAAUACUGAUGCAUCAAUCAUCACUUUCCUACCAGGUGAGACUGAGAAACCCUGUGUUGUAAGUCUGAUGGAUGACUCCAUUCAUGAAGAGGACGAGGAGUUCCGCCUGGUCCUGGGAACCCCAAAGAGCAAGUCUCCAUAUGGAGCUUCUCUCGGGGAGCAGAAGGAAGCACUGGUCACCGUCUCAGAUGACAAAGACAAGCCCAUCAUCCGUUUCUCUGAGAUCAAGUACAGUGUGCGUGAACCCCAGGUGAAAGGAGAUGUGGCAAUAGUGAAGAUUCCCAUCUUGCGUCUUGGAGACACCUCAAAGGUCUCAGUGGUGCGAGUGCACACCAAGGACGGUUCUGCAACCUCAGGAGAAGACUACAACCCGCUGUCAGAGGAUGUGGAGUUCAAGGAAGGUGAAAAGGAACAUUUUGUGGAGAUCGAGAUCCUGUAUGACGGUCAGAGAGAGAUGAGGGAGGCCUUCACUGUGCACAUGAAGCCUGAUGAGAACAUGGUGGCUGAAAUACAGAUGAACAAGGCCAUUGUCUACAUUGAGGAGAUGGACAGUGUGGCAGACGUUACCUUCCCUGCUGUGCCCAAUGUCGUUUCCCUGCUCAUGUAUGAUGACAUGGCUAAAACCAAAGACAAGCCCCAACCAUCCAAUGGAUACCCUGUUGUGUGUGUGACAGCCUGCAACCCUAAGUACCAUGACUUUGACAAAACUGGUUCCAUCUGCUCUGCGGAGAACAUCAAUGACACUCUUACCCAGUACCGCUGGUUGGUUAGCGCUCCUACCGGGUCAGAUGGAGUGACCAGUCCCAUGAGGGAGGUAGACACUAACACUUUCUUCACCAACACCAAGUCCAUCACCUUGGAUUCAAUCUACUUUCAAGCUGGCUCCAGGGUUCAGUGUGCAGCUAGGGCCUUCAAUGCCAAUGGAGAUGCAGGUCUGGAGCUGUUGAGCCCCAUUGCUGUGAUCAGCAAGGAGGAAGGUAUGUGUCAGCCUCGUAUCGCAGGUACUGUUGGAGCUGAACCUUUCUCUGCUAAGAUCCGCUACACAGGCCCAGAUGACCCUGACUUCCCCAACCUCAUCAAACUGACUGUCAACAUGCCUCACAUGGAUGGCAUGUUGCCAGUGAUCUCCACAAGACCUCUGUCCAACUUUGAGCUUACCCUGAGCCCCGACGGCACGCGUGUGGGCAACCACCGCUGUUCCAACCUGCUGGACUUCAAUGAGAUCCAAACUGGCCAUGGCUUCAUCACCGAUGCCACAAAGAACCCUGAGAUCAUUGGCGAGACUUCACCCUACCAAUACAGCGCUAUCAUGCGCUCAUCCAACUCACUGCGCUUCUACAGGAACCUCAACUUGGAGGCCUGCCUAUGGGAGUUCACCACCUAUUACGACAUGUCAGAGCUCCUGAAUGACUGUGGAGGCUCCAUAGGCACUGACGGACAGGUGCUGAAUCUGGUCCAGUCCUAUGUCACUCUGCGUGUUCCUCUGUUUGUGUCCUACGUCUUCCACUCUCCUGUGGCUGUGGGAGGCUGGCAGCACUUUGACCUGCAGUCAGAGCUCAAACUCACCUUUGUGUAUGAUACAGCUAUUCUGUGGCAGGACGGCAUCGGCAGCCCACCUGAGUCUGAGCUACAAGGAGCCAUGUACCCCACCAGUAUGCGUAUAAACGAGGAGGGUCGUCUGGUGGUCAACUUCAAGACUGAGGCUCGCUUCAGGGGACAGUUUGUUAUGUCUCAUCCAGGUAUGGGACUUAAGAGAUUUAUGACUGUGUACAUGUACAUGUUUUCAGGGACUAGUGUGUCAUCCAUGGUGAUGUGUGCUGACCACCCCGGGCUGACGUUCACUCUCGCCCUGGUCAGGACUGAGCCUACAUACAACCAGCCCAUGCAGCAAUGGAGUUUUGUCUCAGACUUUGCUGUGCGUGACUACUCCGGGACCUACACAGUGAAGUUGACCCCCUGCAUUGCAUCCCCAAACGCAGAGUUCAGCAUCCCUCCUGUCUGCCACCCAAGAGAACCUCUCACUUUUGACAUUGACAUUCGCUUCCAGCAGGUGAGUGACCCAGUGGCAGCUGAGUUUAGUCUCAACACUCAGAUGUUCCUGUUGUCCAAGAGGGAGCUGUGGUUAUCUGAUGGCUCCAUGGGCUUUGGAGAAGGGACUGAUGCUGCUUUUUCAGAUGGUUCCAUGAUCUAUGGACGUGUAAUGGUGGAUCCAGUCCAGAACCUGGGUGACUCCUUCUCCUGCAGCAUUGAGAAAGUUUUCCUCUGCACUGGAGCAGAUGGCUACGUUCCCAAAUAUAACCCCACUAAUAAGGAAUAUGGCUGCCUGGCAGAUGCUCCCUCUCUGCUUUACAGAUUCAAGAUUCUGGACAAGGCCCAACCUGAGACCCAGGCCACAGCAUUUGGUGAUGUUGAUUUUAAGGCCACACUGGCCCAAGAUACACCUGGAGCUCUGUCUUUGGUCAGACAGCCCGGAUCAGAUGGCUUCACACUCUCCUCAUCUCCACUCUUCCAGGUGGCUGCUGGUCGAGAAUGGUUCAUCCACACUAUCUACACUGUCCGCUCCAGAGAAAACGCCAACCGCAACAUUGGCAAGCGUAGUUUGGAGUACCUCCAUCACAGCCUGUCGUCCGUUGAGCAACCUCAGUCCUCCAACAUUGCAACCAACCGCCACCGCCGUGCUGCCCCUGCUUUCUCCGGCCCUUCUCUGUCCCAGGAUAUUGGUGUUGAAAACAAUCGGGGCACCAACAUCCAGCACAUCGCCCUGGACCGAACAGACCGCAUGGUGGUCAGCCAGCGCCAGCCCUGGUCUCCCAGCCGUGACCGCGACCCCCUCCUGGAGCGCCCCCUGCUGGAGAGUUCUGGCAGAGAUCCGGCUGACACCUCCACCCUUCCCAUGUUAGUGGGCCUUGCGGGUCUGAUCCUCCUCAUCUGCCUCAUCGCCACCAUUGUCAUUCUGCUGUUGCGGCGCAAAAAGAGAGAAAAGAAGACCCAGUUCCCCCCUUACACCACCUCGUCUUCUUCUGCCUACAUCGGCUACAGCCAAGGCCCAGCGAGCAUGUGGGGCAGUUCAGACAACUCUGAGGUCUAGAUGUCGACCUCCCUCAACCCUAAUAUCUGUCUCCUAUUAAAAAGACUAUGAUAGUCUCUUCCACCACUGUGCCUUCAUUGCCCAACUUGUGUAGCACUGAAUACAGCCCAGUACAACCUGUGGACAGCACAAUAUGUCAGUGCUUAGAGCUUACAUGCAGAGAAUGCGUGUUUUCUGAUCUCUGAUGUUGGGUAGUUCUUGCUGUAAUGUACUGUAGGGUUUUGCCUUUUUGCAGCCUAUUCAGAACCAUGGGUGUAAGUAGAGCCCCCUAAAAUAUUUACCUGCUUCAUUGGUUGCAAAGUUGUAAAAUAUCCCUUUUUAUCCAAUGUUUGCAAAUGCAUGAAAAGCCCAAUUUAGUGAAUGCCAUUUGAUCACCUCAGGCAACCUUGUUUAAAUUUCAUGAAAGAAAAGAAUUUCUUAGUUUACCAAGUUUUUUAUCACUGUAAUACACUGUGUUCAUUAUUUUGUGUUGUGGAGAAUAGAGUACAAUGGACUGAAUGUUAGUUGAAACUGACCUUAAUGAAUGAUAAUGUGAUUUAAUGAUUUUUAGUAUUGCUAUAUCACUGUUGUGCUUUAAAAAGCCUACAGUAUACCCACCCACUGUUGAGUAACAAUAUCAAUAUGGUGUAAUUGAAAGGGAUUGUAAAUGUUGUCAUUUUAGUCUUUGAGAAUGCAGAAAUUCACAUUUAUUUUAAAUACAUUUUUUUCAGGUCAAUGUGGCUAAAAUCAGAUACAAAACAAUCUGUGUACAUAUAAAUGUAGGACUAUGAAAAAAAAGGUAUUAAUACACCCUGAUGAAACUUGAACAAUUAUGAAAUAUGUCUUUCUGGUUUGUCGAUCAAGUCCUUAAAAAAAUAUGUGCAGUAUCAAAAAAAUGAUUCUUCUACAGAUGACAGUAUAUUUUCAUGUGCCAACUAUGGCUUAUUAAUUUUGUGUCAAUUUCAAGAGUUUGGAUGUAUGUAAACCUCAACUGCCAAAUAUAAAUGUCCAAUUUUUUGAAUUAGUGUCUUAUUUACCAUAGUGCAAACACUUUUUUUUUUUUUAAAAAAAGGGAAGUUUAUUUGUGAUUUUCAAAAAAGACA